CUCCCUCACGCCCCGCCGCCAUCUUGCCCGCGGAGCACCGGAGGGGCUGAGCUCCACCGCCGCCUCUGCCUCUCCCUCUGCCUCACCCCCUCCUUCCCCUCCGGCCGGGCCGCCUUCUCCCGGGGCCGGGGGGCCGGAGCCGGCAGGAGAAUUAUUAAUCUCAAAGAAUGACAGCAGCUGCUUCAGCAAGUGGAUUCAUUGUGCAAGAGGUCAUUAUUUACAGCUGCCAGCUUUAUUGAACUCUUCCUUACGUUUCAUCCCUAUUUUCUUGUAGAAGUGGAAAAACAACUUAGGGUUGAUGUUUUGUGUGUCAUCAACUGAAUUUGGGGCCAUCAUGAAUAUCACCAAGGGUGGGCUGGUGCUGUUUUCAGCUAAUUCCAAUUCGUCGUGCAUGGAACUGUCCAAGAGGAUUGCUGAGCGCUUGGGAGUGGAGAUGGGGAAGGUUCAGGUUUAUCAAGAGCCAAACAGAGAAACAAGAGUGCAGAUUCAGGAGUCUGUGAGAGGAAAGGAUGUAUUUAUCAUCCAGACAGUUUCCAAGGAUGUGAAUACCACGAUCAUGGAGCUGCUGAUCAUGGUGUAUGCCUGUAAAACCUCCUGUGCCAAAAGCAUCAUUGGGGUGAUCCCCUACUUCCCCUACAGCAAACAGUGCAAGAUGAGGAAAAGGGGCUCCAUUGUCUCCAAGUUACUGGCCUCGAUGAUGUGCAAAGCUGGACUAACUCACCUUAUUACCAUGGAUCUCCAUCAGAAGGAAAUUCAGGGCUUCUUCAACAUUCCAGUUGAUAACUUGAGAGCCUCCCCAUUUUUGCUGCAGUACAUCCAAGAAGAGAUACCAGACUACAGGAAUGCUGUAAUUGUGGCCAAAUCUCCUGCGUCUGCAAAGAGGGCACAGUCGUUUGCCGAGCGCCUGCGGUUGGGAAUCGCUGUGAUCCACGGGGAAGCCCAGGACGCAGAGUCUGACAUGGUGGAUGGUCGGCACUCGCCACCUACAGCCAAAUACGUAGCUGCGAUUCACCCCAGUCUGGAGAUCCCCAUGCUGAUUCCCAAGGAAAAGCCACCCAUCACAGUUGUUGGAGAUGUGGGAGGAAGAAUAGCUAUCAUCGUGGAUGACAUCAUCGAUGACGUCGACAGCUUCCUGGCUGCGGCCGAGACCCUCAAGGAGAGGGGGGCUUACAAGAUCUUUGUCAUGGCCACCCACGGGCUCUUGUCUUCAGACGCUCCCCGGCUGAUCGAGGAGUCUGCCAUCGAUGAGGUGGUUGUCACAAACACAAUUCCACACGAAAUACAGAAACUCCAGUGCCCUAAAAUCAAGACUGUGGAUAUCAGCAUGAUCCUCUCGGAAGCCAUUCGCAGGAUCCACAACGGGGAGUCCAUGUCGUACCUUUUCAGGAAUAUAGGACUGGAUGAUUAAUGCUUCUUACUCUAAAGAAUCACCCCGGGCCAAACUGGAAGCGAACAGAGAACGAGCUGUGAAGCAUCGUGCUUACCUUAAUCUUUCCAUUGAGCCACUUCUUGUUUUCUCUUGGUUUAAGUAUCAAGGUAGAACAGUUUUGAAGAGCUUUUUUUUUUUUUUUCUUUUUUUUCUUUGCAGGGUUUUUGGUGGUUUUUUUUUUUCGGGGAAGGGUUGGGGUGGGUGGGAAUAAACAUUUUACAAAAAAAAAACUGUUCUAGUUGCUUUUAGGUUAGUUGCACUAUACACGAUGGAAAAAUCCCACAAAACACUUGAGGCAAGAAAUUGGCUUCUAAAUUAAGCAUUCCUUUUCCAAAGCUGCUUGCUACAAGUGCUUUAAACGAUAACAAAAUGAAGUGACUGUAUAAUAUUUGCAUUCUGAAAGCCAAAAAGGUUGUACUGUUGUACGCAGUUCAGUGAUUUUGUAGGAGUGCUUUUAUAGAAAAGCAUAUGGAAUAUGCACCUGUAUUUAUUUUCUGCGAUAAAGAAUAAAGACUUGUUUUGUGUGAGCUUUCUAAAAA